UUUGGGAUUAGUUUGAAGAGGAUAUUUCUCUCUCAUUUGAGUUGUUGUUUGAGAGAAACCCUAAUUAUACUGCUUUGUGAAGAGGCCCUAACGGAUUUUUUGGUUUGUGAAGAGGCCCUGAUUUUUAGAGAGAGAAAAGGAAUAGGGUUUUUCAUUUCCUUGGGGAAACAGGAAGCAGAGCUGAAGGAUUAGGUUUGGGGGAUUGCUUGCUCCUCAAGGAGCAAGGAUGAUUUACCCUAUGAAGAAGAUUUCCCUUAGAAAUCCGCAUUUCUAAGGUUUUGGUUUUGUUUUCGGUUUCUCCAUUAAAGUACUUCUAACAUGGAUCUACUCUACCCUAGCAAGGAUGAUUUACCCUAUGAAGAAGAGAUCCUUAGAAAUCCUCUGAGCCUGAAGCAUUGGUGGCGCUAUCUCAUUGCUCUGAAAGAUGCCCCAUUCAAGAAACGAGCUGUGAUUUACGAAAGGGCACUGAAAGCGCUACCUGGAAGUUACAAACUAUGGCAUGCUUACCUUAGAGAGAGGUUGGAACUGGUAAGGGGCCUCCCUGUUGUUCAUUCGCAAUACGAAACCCUGAACAACACGUUCGAGAGAGCUCUGGUCACUAUGCACAAGAUGCCUAGGAUAUGGAUUUUGUAUCUUCAGAUCCUCACUGAUCAGAAGUUCUUAACAAGGACUCGAAGAACCUUCGAUCGAGCUCUUUGUGCAUUGCCUGUUACCCAGCAUGAUAGAAUUUGGGAGCCCUAUUUGGUUUUCGUGAGCCAAAAGGGGGUCCCUGUAGAGACCUCUCUUAGGGUUUAUAGGCGAUACUUGAAAUUUGACCCGACCCACAUUGAGGAUUUCAUCGAAUUCCUUCAGAAUUCUGAGCUUUGGCAAGAAGCAGCCGAGAGAUUAGCCGAGGUGCUGAACGACGAUAAAUUCUAUUCUAUCAAAGGGAAAUCAAGGCAUAAGCUAUGGCUCGAGCUAUGUGACCUGCUCACCAGGCAUGCUGAAGAGGUUUCAGGUCUUAAGGUUGAUGCCAUUAUAAGAGGGGGGAUCAGGAAAUACACUGAUGAAGUUGGGCGGCUUUGGACUUCGCUUGCUGAUUAUUACAUAAGGAGGGGAUUGUAUGAGAAGGCAAGAGACAUUUAUGAAGAGGGGAUGACCACUGUCGUGACUGUGAGGGAUUUUGGGAUGAUCUUCGAUUCUUAUACCCAAUUUGAAGAGAGCAUGGUGGCUGCCAGAAUGGAAAGCUUGAACUUGGAUGAUGAUGAAAAUGAGGGGGGUAAUGAUCGGAAAAAAGAUGAAAAUGAAGGUAGUGAAAAAAGUGGGGUAGGCUCAAAACAAGAAGAUGACAAUGGCCAAGACCCUAGAUUAUUGGUUGAUGGGCUUAGUAGGAAGAACUUUGAUGGCUUCUGGCUUAAUGAUGAAAAUGAUAUCGACCUCCGAUUGGCGAGGCUAGAGAACCUCAUGGAUAGAAGGCCUGAGCUUGUUAGCAGUGUUUUACUGCGACAAAAUCCUCAUAAUGUGCCUGAAUGGCAUAACAGAGCAAAGCUCUUCAAAGACAACCCCACUAGACAAAUACUUACAUUCACCGAGGCAGUGAGGACAGUGGAUCCUAUGAAAGCAGUGGGGAAACCUCACACUUUGUGGGUUUCCUUUGCUCGUCUUUAUGAGAAACACAAUGACCUUGCGAAUGCACGGGUGAUAUUUGAGAAGGCUGUUCAGGUCAGCUACAAAGCUCUGGAUGAUUUGGCUAGUGUUUGGUGUGAGUGGGCAGAGAUGGAGUUGAGGCACAAGAAUUUUAGAGGGGCAUUGGAGCUCAUGAGACGGGCAACAGCAAAGCCAUCAGUUGAGAUCAAACGUAGAGUUGCUGCUGAUGGAAAUGAGCCAGUGCAGAUGAAGCUUCACAAAUCAUUGAAGCUCUGGGCCUUUUAUGUUGAUUUGGAAGAGAGCCUCGGAAAUUUGGAAUCAACUAGAGCCGUGUACGAGCGUAUACUUGAUCUGAAAAUAGCUACUCCCCAAAUUAUAAUGAACUAUGCAUUGCUUCUAGAGGAGAAUAAAUACUUUGAAGAUGCAUUUAAGGUUUAUGAAAGAGGAGUUAAGAUUUUUAAAUAUCCACAUGUCAAGGAUAUCUGGGUCACAUAUCUUUCGAAGUUCGUGAAAAGAUAUGGGAAGGCAAAAUUAGAACGUGCAAGAGAGUUAUUUGAGCAAGCAGUUGAGCAGGCACCUGUAGAGCACGUGAAGCCCAUAUAUCUACAAUAUGCAAAACUGGAAGAGGACCAUGGGCUUGCAAAGCGUGCAAUGAAAGUUUAUGAUCAAGCUGCUAAGGCUGUCCCAGACAACGAAAAAAUGAACAUAUAUGAGAUUUACAUAGCACGUGCUGUUGAAAUUUUUGGUGUUCCAAGAACGAGAGAGAUAUAUGAGCAAGCUAUUGAGAGUGGUCUUCCAGACAAAGAUGUGAAAACCAUGUGCAUGAAGUAUGCUGAUCUCGAGAAAAAUUUGGGAGAGAUCGAUCGUGCUCGAGGCAUUUACAUAUUCGCAUCACAAUUUGCUGAUCCUCGCUCUGAUGUCGCCUUCUGGAAUAAAUGGCAUGAGUUUGAGGUGCAACAUGGCAAUGAAGACACCUUCAGAGAAAUGCUUCGUAUCAAACGCAGUGUCUCAGCAAGCUACAGCCAGACGCAUUUUAUCCUCCCCGAGUAUUUGAUGCAAAAGGAUCAGAAGCUCGUUCUCGAGGAAACAGUAGACACACUAAAGCGAGCAGGUGUUCCUGAGGAUGAAAUGGCUGUCUUAGAGAGACAAUUAGCCCCACCAGCCAGUGGAACGACUACAAAGGAUGGAAUGAGAGCAGUGGGUUUUGUUAGUGCUGGAGUGGAAUCACAACCAGGGGUUACCCAAACUGCUGAUGGUGGAAGAAAGGUAACUGCGAAUCCUGAGGAUAUCGAGUUACAAGAUGAGAGCGAUACAGAGGAAGACAAUGACAAAGUUGAAGUGGCCCAAAAAGAUGUCCCUGCUGCUGUUUUUGGUGAGCUUGCGAAAAAGAUGGAAAAAGGGAGAGAUUCUGAAUCCAAAGAUAGUGAGGGUAAUGGGCCUUUGGGUGCUCUUGAGAGAAUAAAGAGACAAAGAAGACAAUAGUCUGUAGUGAUGCUGUAAACCAGGGACAUGAAAACUAACUUGGAAUGCCAUAUUUUAGGAUCGGUGAGAUGCUUCCCCAAAGCUGAGAGGUCAGUUAUGUACAGAUUGAGUAAUAUCUCUUUUGAUACAUAUUAUAAAAAACAAGCAAAAAUUUUGGUGACCUUGCAAAAAAGAUGGAAAAAGGGAGAGAUUCUGAAUCCAAAGAUAGUGAGGGUAGUGGGCCUUUGGGUGCUCUUGAGAGAAUAAAGAGACAAAGAAGACAAUAGUCUGUAGUGAUGCUGUAAACCAGGGAAAUGAAAACUAACUUGGAAUGCCAUAUUUCAGGAUCGGUGAGAUACUUCCCCAAAGCUGAGAGGUCAGUUAUGUACAGAUAGGGUAAUAUCUCUUUUGAUACAUAUUAUAAAAAAACAAACAAAAAUUUUCUGAUGCACUAUGCAUUCUUUUUCUUAUGUUCUAUUAUUGUAACAUGUGAAAAAUAACUUACGGGAGUAUUAAUGUGGAUCAUACUUUUUGUUAUUCUUGGCAUCAUUUUUAUAGGAUAUCAUUCAGCACAUUGAGUAAUGGUCAGCUGCUUUUCGCAUUC